CAUGGCUGCUGACGGCAGAAAGAUAUCAACAAAAACCGGCUAUGAGUAUGGCUUUAUUGCAUACAUAAACAUUAAACAACAUGCAUAUCCUUUCAUUGCUGACACCACCGCUGGAUUAAGGGUGACUGUUCAUGAGCCUCACGAAUUUCCACGACCCAAGCUUGAUGGUGUCUUGAUGGCGCCAGGGACAGCAAAUUUUAUAAAGCUACAAAGAACGGGGUACAAGUUCUUACCACGCCCGUACAGAUCAUACGGCGAUGGUUACUGUGCCGAGACGUCAGCACUGCUGUAUCAGAACUACAGCUACGACCGCUGCGUUUUCCAAUGGAUUAACAAAAACGUCCAUCAUGACUGCAAUUGUUCGACUUUGCCGAUAGAAGGACUACCGUUUAAGGAAUGUUCCUUUCUGGAUAUACGCACAUGUACACUGUGGAAAUCAAUAAAGUACUACACCCAGGUGGCGCAGAUGAACGUACCACCAGACGACUGUCCUCGACCUUGUGAGGUCGUCCAUUACAAACCUCAGAUGACCUCAUCAGCAUAUCCCUCACAACCGGCGCUUAAGAGUUAUGCCAACGGGCCAAAUGACACUGAGCAAUAUAUUAGGGACAACGUCCUUGCCGUGUACGUAUUUUAUGACCGGUUUCUUGAAGAGCGAGUGGAGUAUGUUCCAGAAUACACAUCCAUGUCUAUACUUGGUAACCUUAGUGGCCAGAUGGGUUUCUUCCUGGGUGCAAGCCUCGUUACCAUUACGGAAGUUGCACAAACUGUUCUGUUGACGAUCUGGAUGUUCUUUUGCCGGUUUAUAAAACAUUGAUAUAAGUCCCACAGGCCUUGGCAACGUUCAAAACGUAAUCCCAGAGAUCCUGUUAAUCUUAAUCUUCUUGCGUGGUUUAUGUAGGAAAGUCUUCAAAAAAAAAAAAAAAAAAAAAAAAAAAAAAGGAAAGAAAAAAGAUUGCUUAACGACACAUGAGAACAUUUAAAAAAAGACUGUGGCUAUUUGUUGUCUAGCGUACUUACUGUGACUUUUGGAUUAAAUAAAAAUUAAAAGUU